UGCUUUCAUUUCGUUUCAUUCAUUGUCAAAGGAUGAUACGGUGUUGUCGUGUCCCGAGCGCUCGCUGGAGGGGUGGAAAACUCCAUUGAAACGAAUAGUGUGUGAUAUUUGUGCCAGUGAUUUACAAGAAAAUAUAUAUCGUAGUGUGGUGGUGUCAUGAUUUUUUUGCACUUUGAUCAUUCGUGCUUUUGAUUUUUUAGAAAGCUCAAAACAUAUCGAAUUACCAACGCCAGCCAAACAGAAGACUGAUAUACUAUAUACACUACAUGCUAUGUAGAAUUAUACAAUAACAUUCCAUUGACAACGCGGCAUGAGCGGCGGCCAUUUUGUGAACACGUAGAAACAAGAUGGCGACGGCAGUGAAGACGGUGGUGGAGGCGGACGAGGCGGAGAAACUUCUAGAGAAGAACAGGGUGACAGUGGUGCCGCAGGAGGAUGGAUUGGUGUCGGUGAAGAGCUCUAAGAAAGUAAAACUACCAGAAGAUGAGUCGGCAACGGUCGGCGGCGGUCGCUUCACCAUCGGGCCGGCGCCCGAGCGCGACUGGGAGAUGGUGCCGCCCGACGGGAAGUGGGGAUGGUGCAUUCUCGUAGGUGCAACGCUAGUGAACAUCCUGAUCCCGGGAACGAUCAAGUCCUUCGGCGUGCUGCUGGUGGAGUUCAACGACGUGUUCCAAGCGUCCGCCUCCGCCUCCAGCGGAGUAGUGGCGCUGUGCUACUUCCUCUACAGCAGUCUAGGUCCCCUAUCCUCCAUCUUGUCGGUAAAAUGGUCGUACCGGACGGUGACGCUCCUCGGCGGCACGUUUGCGGCCUUCGGCAUGAUCUUCAGCAGCUGGGCCUUCAACAUUAGCUACCUCUACUUCAGCUUCGGCGCGCUUGUCGGCGCAGGUGCCGGGCUCGCCUUCCCCCCGACAGUAUACAUCGUGACGUCAUACUUCGUCCGUCUGCGCGGCCUCGCCAACGGCAUCUGCAUGUCGGGCUCCGCGUUCGGCUCCAUCAUACUGCCGCCCGUGCUGCGAUACCUGCUCGAGACGUACGGAUACAAAGGAGCAGUACUGAUCCUCGGCGGGAUCAUGCUCAACGUGUGGGCGGCGGCGCUGCUGUUCCAGCCCGUGGAGGAGCACAUGGUCCGCAAAUACAAGGAACCCGGCGAGGAGGACGACAACCCGCAGGACAUACUCUUCGAAGAAGAGGAACCAGUGGAAAGCUUCCAUCUCUCUCCCACCCUCCCCAGCGAAGAGAACGGACACAUCGACAAACUCACCAAAGAGAACUCCAACGCGCGCCUCAACCAAAACUGCACUUCGCCGUCCUCACAAAACUUACGACAAAACAUGUCCAAAAGAAAACUAUCUUACACCAAACCUAUACCUAAAACGGUAUAUAGUUCAGCUUCUAUGGCCUUAGACAGAGAUGCCUCUAAAUUAGGUUCGGUGGAGACUUUUGGACGCCGACUUAGCACAGCAGGUCCUAGAAGAAACAUGUCGACAUCUAGCUUCGCGUACGUCCACACACCCUUCCACGGAUCCACUUUAUCCGCCUUUGACCAGCCUAAUGAGUUCGCUUCGCAAUUCUCUUUAAAAUCAGUAACGGAUAGCGUCGCAGAAGUAGCUUACUGCUGUUUUUGCUGCAAGAAAAAAAAAGAUAAAGAACCUAAUAAGUUCUUCGAUAUUAGUCUACUCUCCGACCCUACAUACUUGAUAAUCUUAAUAUCUAGCAGCACUGUAGCUAUUUCAUGUACGAAUUUUAUAAUCCUCCUUCCAUCGCACGCCCAAAACAUAGGCUUUUCAAAAGCCAGAGGCGCCUAUCUCCUAAGCACGGUGUCCGCUUUAGAUUUAGUGGGUAGGAUCGGCGGUUCAGCCCUCUGCGACUUAAACUUAAUUCCGAAAACUUUUUAUUUCGUCGGUGGAUUAUUUUUCUCAGGGAUAACGUUAGCUACUAUACCGUUUUUAGAGUCUUAUGUAGCUAUAAGCGUUGUAUGUGCUUUGUUUGGGUUAGCUUCUGGGGUUAAUAAUGCGACUACAACAUUAGUUAUGGCGGAAAUUUUAGGGGUAGAUAGAUUAAUGUCUACAUAUGGUAUAAGUUUGUUCGUGAACGGUAUUCUACAGUUGGUAGGACCGCCGAUAUGUGGUCUCUGGUUCGAGGCCGACGGGAACUAUAUGCAUAUGUUUUUGACUUUUGGGUUAAUAUAUACGGCCGGUGCGGCGUUGUGGAUAUUAAUGCCGUUCCUGGAACCGUUUAUAGAAGAAGAACUUCCCGACAUAGAAGACGCGGAGCAUCCCAAAGUUCUCAUCACCAGCGAAGCCAACACCCCCUCGGGAGGGGACCGGGUCACCAACGGCUCACCCCCCAUCUACCCCUCCCACGGUAACCUGGAUGAGAAGAACUUCUACAGAUCCGCUAGUGCAGCCUUAGUAGGUAAAGAACAUGAGAGGUACAGGAAGAUUUCAGCCCCAGCGAACUCUAAACAUGGACUACAACAUAUCUCUAGUAAAGUAUCAACUAUGCCUAGCAAUCCAUCUUUAUUAGAGUCUGUACCUGAAGGUAAGGCUAGCAGGGUCAAUUCUACAGACGCUUUCGGAAAGAAACUGACCAUCCCUAAAACACCUAAGCGGAGUCCGUCUACUUCCAGCUUCCAAUACAUGUCUACUCCUUUCCAUGGCUCAACAUUGUCCGCGUUUGAGAAGCCAAGUGAAUUCGCAAGCCAAUUCAGCCUUAAAUCUGUAACAGAGAGCUUAGCUCCUAUAACAUACUGCUGUGGAUGCAGAAAGAAGGACACUAAGAAAGAACCCAGCAAGUACUUCGAUUUACAAUUAUUGAAAGACCCUAUAUAUCUAGUUAUCUUAUUUUCUAACUGUACCAACGCUAUAUCGUAUACGAAUUUUAUAAUUCUCGUACCGUCUUACGCUAAGGAAUGUGGGUUUGAUAAAAGUUUGGGUGCGUAUCUACUGUCAAUUAUAUCAGCGUUAGAUUUAGCGGGUCGUAUCGGAGGCUCCGCUAUAUCUGAUGUCGUGGCCACACCUAAGCGUUAUUUCUUUAUAUUUGGUUUGUUACUUUCAGGCUUGAGUUUAGCAGUGUUACCUUUAUUUUCAAGCUACGUAGCCAUAAGUGUAUUUUGUUCUAUAUUCGGGUUAGCUUCAGGGAUAAAUACGGGUGUGACAGCAUUAGUAAUGACUGAGAUGUUAGGGACAGAGCGUCUCAUGUCUUCAUACGGUAUAAGUUUGUUCAUAAACGGUAUACUUCAGUUGAUAGGGCCGCCUAUCUGCGGUUUUUGGUUCGAGUACACGCAGUCAUAUAAGUCCUUGUUUGUGACCCUGGGAUUGAUUUUGGUGGGUGGUGGGUGUCUGUGGGGCUUCGUGCCGAUUAUAAAUAACAGGAGAAGAAAGCAGAAGUUGCGUUUAGAAGCGAGCUUGAAAGCGUAGUUUUUUCUACUUUUGAAUGGGUUUUGUUUUAGGCCUGUGCACACCGGAUGCCACUGAUAACAACCGUAAGUGACAUUAAUAACCAGUUUGAACGGCCAUUCCCUAGUGGGAACUAGUGUUACCACCAAGUUGUUACCAUGGAUAACAGCUGAGAAAUUUUUAACACCUUUUACCACUGAGAACAACUGAGAAGCAAAAUUAUCACUAGUUACCACCAAGUCACUUUGGUGGUAAGUAACUAGUGUAAAUUAUUUUACUCGGCAGUUACCAUUAAAAUAAUGUAAUGUUCAUAAUCAUCAUUAAAGAGCAUGGCUUUUCGGUGAAGUAGACGCCAAUUUUCGCGGUCCUCGGCCAUGUUCUUUAGGUCCCUGUAAGACACUUUUAGUUGCUGCGUGUAGCUUGCUCGUGGUUUUCGUUUUCCUCUUCGAGCUUGGAUCAUGCCUUCUAAAAGAGUUUUAAAGAAAUUGUCGUGUCUUAUCAAGUGACCUAUCAUUUUGCCUCGUGUAUUCUCUAUGGUCCUCAGUAGGUUUCUCCUCUCUCCAACAAUUCGCAGCACUUCCUCUUUCGUUUUUUUCUCAGUACAAAUUAUUCUCUCCAUUCUUCUCCACAACCACACUCGUUUCCUAUCUUUCUGUCUCAUUGUCCACAUCUCACACCCAUACAAAUGCCCAUACCCACCCAUGCUCCAGAUGUAUAUCUUAAUUAGGCGUUUUUUUGUAUUCUUAGAGAUUUUAGCCUUAAGCAAAUGUUUUUUGGCGUUCAAAGCUGUUUUCGCCAUUACUAUCCUUGAUACUAUUUCAUUUGUACAUCUGGACUCUUGUGUAAUUAAGCUGCCUAAAUAUCUAAAUUUGUUUACUUGUUCUUAUGUGUUCCUCCGAUGUCAAUUUGUUCUUUAACCGGGCGAAAUUUUGAAGCAAUUAGUUUUAGUUUGUACUGUUCAUAAUACCUAGAUAAUUAUGAAGUGGGAAAGUUGUACGUCGAUAGGUGUUUCAGUAAACUAUGUGUGUGUGUAAAAAUAGCUGUUUUUUAAAGCUGUUACUGGCUAUAUUGUUUGAUUAUUGAAUGGGUUGUCGACGGAAUAAAUAAGCCACUAUAUUUAUGUGGGUGUUAUUGUUAGUAUUGGGAAUUCAAACAUUUCCGUGGUAACUACUGGGAAUUAUUUUUCUCAGGGACAGGUGAGAAAAAUAUCUCAGUUAUUACCAAUGGUAACAACUUUGUGGUAACAAGUAUGAAUCAGUCGUUUGAACUAAUAGAUUAUAAAUUAAUUAUUGCGUAGGAAUGCGAAUCAAUUGAAUGAGUUUUCGAAUGUCACUUACGGCCGAUAUGCGUGUGACCGUUAUGAUAAACUUGUGAUCUACUUAAAUUGAAUUUAAUUCGUCCACUGGACAAAUCGAAUUUAUUUAGCUAAGAUCUUUUUUGGUGUAUUUGCCCCAUAUUUCCACAUUUUUGUACUGAACACUUUUUAUCUCACUUUUUUAAGCGAUUUUAUAAGCUUUUUUUACCAGGACGCAGUGUUAAAAAAAAAGAUUGCUUUUUGUAUGGAAAUUAAAUUUCCAGUGCGGUAGAUAUGCAUAACAUAAAUAAAACAAGAAAUCUAUACUAAAAUUGUGACAUGACUAUUUGCUUUUUUUUUCUACAAGUCUGAAAACCUAUAAAUAGCCCAAAAACCUAAGGAAAAAAGUGUUGUAUAAAAAUAUGGAAAUCGCUCAACUGACACGAAAGCAUUGCUUAAGAAUGAGGAUGUAAACUAAUUUCAUUUGUUGCAUUUCUUUUGUAUUCUGCAGAAGGUAAAAGACGUGUAAGACAAAUGGAACAUUUUAGUUUUUAUUGUCGAUAGCAUUGGUACAGUCACGUCUAAAAAUAUCGAUGCGAACAAAGUGUCAAAAAUAUGCAUACACAACCUUAUUGCCCAUAUAUUAAGGUAGUGUAGUACAUAUUUAUGGCGCUUUGUCCAUAUAGAUGUUUUUGGUCGGGACCGUACCGGUGUUCCGUGGAUUAUUAUUUUGUUGUGGAUUUUUUUCUUCAGUUUCGGAUAUAAUUCGGCUGGUUUGAAAGGCGGAGAUAAAUACGAAAUUAAUACUUGUUUAAUUUUCUAAAACUUGACGAAAAAAAUCGACAGCAAAAUGUAGCAGCCCAUCUGCAGUGUAGUUAAAAUACCGGAAAUCAAUAGGUCCAAUACCGGUAUUGACUGCACCAAGCAGUUCAGUACCGGUAUUGUAUACAUAUAAUUGACAGAUAAUUACUUAAAUAACAGGUUGUAUUCGAGACUGUUCUUAAGCAAUCGCGGAUAAAAGUAUUUAGAUACAUUUUUACAUAAACAAGUAUACCGGAUUCUUCCCCUGUAUCAUGUAUUUAAUAUUAAGGCGUAUUUUUAAAUAUUAAUGUUAUUAUAAUCGUGUUAUUCAUUACCAAACGCUUAAUAUGUCAAUUGGAUACCAGUGCCAUUUCAAAGGAAAUACAGUAAAAUUCGCUUAAGACGAUUCUGGACGGAACACGCCGAUAACGCGUCUUAAGCCUUAUGUACAUGCGUGUCGAGGCUUGGCAAACGUCCGGGACGCAGCUAUGCGGUAGAAUAAGAUAUAAUAUCGUUUGCUCCCUCUAACGCAUAACUGCACGCAUGUAAAUCAGGCUUUAUAGAGUUUACAGACUGCCGCACCGGACACCUUAUUGUGGUCUGGCGCACAUACGAUCGUGUGUAAGGUGGUCCGCCGUACGUCCGUUAAGGACGCAGUUAUAAGUGAGAGCGAAAGAGAUAUUAUGACCGCACCAAGGUCACGGUCGGGUGCGCCCGUCUGUGACGACUUUUAAGCGAGAAAGUUUAACCGGGAAAAACGGAUGAAACCCGGUUCCAGGGACCAGCGUAUGACGCAGGAAUCGUAUUAAACGUGUGAUCGUAAUAAGUGGGUUUUAUUGUUUAUAAUUAUAUUAUAUAUAUAUUCACAAUCACUGCGAUAAUAUAACGCUUAUGUGGAUGCGGUCCUGAGGUUCGUCUAUAGUUUAAAUAUCGCCAGUUUCUUCAACGACCUUCAAUUUGUAACAAUAAAUGUGACGCCUGGAAAUUUAGUUGUACCUAAAAUAAUUAAAAAAUAUUUCUUACAACUAAUUAAACUUGUUCUUUGGAAUUAGUUACGAAAGAAGAAAAAAUAUUAAGACAUUAGGGUAAAUCGUCUAUUAGUGGCAACCUUCCAAUAACUGGACACCUUAUACUAAAAACGAUUCUGUUUAAUAUUCACACAAUCCAAGUAAAUAUGCAGAAGUAAUGUUAGUUGGUUUACUUGAAUUGUGUGAAUACAUAAAUAGAAUUCUUAUUUUAGUAUAACGUGUCUAGUUAUAUGAUGGUGGCUAGUAAUAGAUGAUAUACCCUAUUUCAAGUUUUUUUAAAUAAUUUCUUGUUACAUAAUCUUGGAAUAUUUGUUAAUGAGUUACAAACAAAGAGAAAUGUACCAUUUUCGAAACUGUUGCGAAAAGGGAUUAAAGCUCCUUUUUCUGAAAACUGGCGGUUUUUAAAUGUCAAGAAACCUGUUUUAAACUCAUGCCUUACUAUACCUACUAUAGGUAAAUAGUGAUUCCAUAACAUAGUAUUAUUUUAUAACACUAGGUUAAGAUUUUCAUCAUAGUUUAUAAUUCCUUUUUUGCAAAUAUCGUUCGUUCUUGUACAAAAUAGAUACAAAAUUUUCAAGUUCCUAUACCUAAGCAAUAUGUAUUUUAUUUAUUUUUCAAUUCAUGACUCCUCUGAUUAUAUCAAUUAUUUUUCGAGAUAGAAACACGUUUUUCUAGAAAUUCAUCUUACAAGAAUAAUAUUGUUAUUUUUCAUUUCGUAACUGGUUGCUAAAUACAGUUACGAAGUGAAAAGGAAAUCUAGUGUCUCAAUGUGCAAAUCUCUUUAAACUCAUGUUUUUUUUUAAUUGUCAAUGUCACCAUUUUGGACUGUGCGUCAAGCGUCAAAAUGGUCCAAAAAGUACUUAAUUUCGUUCUAUGGGCACUAAGUGGAAUUCGAUUGCAGAACGGAGAUAUUUGUAUUUGAGUCUAAAUGUCAUCGCCCUUAUUACCUAGGCAAUAGAGUCCAAGUAAGUAAAUUAAUUGCUACAGGGUAGAUGUUCGCGCACCGCUGCGAGCGCAGCAAACCAUUCGCCGCGCUCGCCCAGCGGUGGACUCUAUUGCCUAGAUAAUAAGGGUGAUGACAUUUUGAUUAAAAUACAAAUAUCCCAGCUCUGCAAUGGAAUUCCGCUUGGAGUCCAUAUAACGAAAUGAACUACAUAGAAAUACCUAUCUAAUGACCUAACUCUCAUUCCUGUUAGGUUUUGGACCAGGCUCCAUACAAAGUUACCCACGGUCCUUUGCACACCAUUGUAUACUAUGCCAAAUAUAGUAUAUUUAGAAUUUUGGAAAAUAGCAGUAGGGGGCCAAGUCCAAGUGAGAAUCGAUGAUGAAAAACGCCAAUCGCAACCUUAAUAAUAUAUGGAAAUAUUCACAUAACUUUUCGUAGCAUCUGUCAUUCCGAUACAUUAUUUCUAUUCGUCUGGCGUUUUGUCGAUGUACGAUUGUCAUCUUGGUUAGGCAACCAGUUCUGACCAAACAGCUGUCUCUAAUUCCUAAAAUUGAUGAAAGGCAACCAGAGAAGCAAUGUUUUGUCAAAUCAGGCAAUGUUGAGUAAGUUUAAAGUGUACGUUUUUUUUUCUUGAUGAAGGGGUAGUUGCUUGCAUUUAGUUUUAGCAAUUUAUUAAUUUAGGUGCUCCUUAGUGUACUUUAGUUUAAAUUCCUUUAUAAUCAGAAAUAUUUAAUAGCUUCCAUGAGAAAAACAAUAUUCGAUAUGUACACGAUAUUGGUACCCGCCCUGGCGGUUAUGAGCCACACAGUUUUUUAACAGUAGACAAAUGUCAAAUUAGUGUGAAAAUAUUGCGAUAAAAAUUCUAAUGAUCAGUUUUUUCAUUAAAAAAACUCUUUAUUUUUUCAACAUUUUAUUAGGUAGCAGCAUUUUGCCUCGUAAUCAUUUCAUAAAUUAGUUACAAACACGAAUUGAUUCCUUCGAUCGUAACCGAGUUACGAACUAAGACUGGGUUACGUUUAUUACCAUCUACGUAACUGCGUUACGAGCAAUUUGCCAUUAAUUCUUGUUACUAACUUGGUUACGUAGGAAGAUUAAAGGCAUUUUCCUUCAAUCAUUAAUUUUUUUCUGGUUAAAUUUGUA